UAAUUUAAGUUUGCUGUAUAAAAUUAUUGGUUAAUUUUUUUGUUACUUCUGACACAUUACGUACUAAAGAAUAAGUUGCAAAAACUUAUCAUUCACCACGUGAGCAGGUGGAACAUGCUAUGCUAUUAACCACAUUUGAAUGCAUUUUACCCAGCCAUAGGACGAAAACCACCAGUCCAUCAGCCAUCUGUGCCAUGGUUCCGCCGGGCACAGAAUAUGCUGCAGCGACGCUCUGGUCCUGCAUGCCGGCCUAGAGUGGGCGGAGCCAGGCGGCCUACAUCACCCAAACUACCACCGCCAGUUUGCAGACUGCCGAGGCACUCACCAUGACAUCUGCCGCGGUGCACGUCUCCCUGCCGGCCUUCUCCCGGCUGUGUGUGCUCUGUAACGAGUGCUCCCCGGCGCCGCGACCCACCCGCGGCCUGCGAGCCGUCCUCUCUGACGCCGCCACGCUGUCCGAGCUGGAGCGCCGGCUGGUCGGGCUCGACUCCGAGCUCCCUCUGGUCAGCGGUAUCUGCAGCAGCUGCCGGCGCCGACUGCUGCGCUGUCAGCGGCUGAUGACGCGGUUCGCCGCCGCUGCUGACGCCGUGGCCGCCGACUACCGGAGGGCGGCGGAGGCGCGGAGUGACUGUAAGGUCCUGCUGCGCCGCGGCAGACGCCGCUCCGAGACCUCGUACGCAGCCUGUUGUCGGCUGACUGCCGACGGCGGGGACCCUGCUGACCUGGUGCGGCGUCUGGUGACGGACCAGUUCGGACCGGAGGCGCUGCGAGGCAGGGUAGUCAUCAGUACCACCGUUCCACCGGCACCGUCAGAAGAAGCCGCCGCUACCAGUCAGGGAUGCGGCGACGGCUCGGAUCUCAGCGAAACAGAGAGCUGUAGCUCUGAGUCAGAGGACCGUCAGACGGGAAGGGAAUCACAGAGGACCUCUUACAUUACGGCUGACGAGGGCCGAGAGACAACAGCGGACCGUUGCGGUGCUGGUGGCUUAGGCGACGCGAGCGGCACUUCUCAGCCGCAUCCAGUCGUCACAGACAACGGUCCCGUUGGUACGAAUGUCCCCGAGCUCUCCGCUGGGUGUUCGAAUAUCGCCACUCCUGCUGCAGCAGCGGAGGACGGUCAUAACGAACAAGAGGACGAGGAACAAGGGGACAAUCACGAUGAACUGGAGGACGAUGAACAAGAGGACGAUCAUAUGGCGGAGGACAAUGAGCAAGAGGACGAUUAUAUGGCGGAGGAUGGCCAAGAUGCCAACUCUGACCCAGACUGGCCGGGCCGGCGAACCAUUAGACGCGCCGCCGUGCAGGCCAGCGCUGUGGUGCACCCCCAGACAGGGGACACCCGAUCGGACCGGUUGCCGACAGUGAGGAAGACCCUGCGUUCUCUCUGCUGCCAUAUGUGCCGUCAGACGUUCGGCUCAGAACGCAGUCUCAAGGCGCACGUCGAGAAGCUGCAUAAGAUCGCAAGCGCCGCCCCGCCAGAGCAGCCGGUCCAGGUGUGGUGUCCCGCCUGCACGGCGCUCCUGCCGCCAGGUGACGUCCUCAGUCACGUGACGGAGCGGCACGCCGGCCGACUCGAGUGCGGCUGCUGUCGUCUGGCACUGGAUGGAGCGGCGGAGGCGGCCGGUCACUGCGCCGAGCGACACACCGCCAACUACAUGUGUAUUGUGUGUCUGCAAAUGUACAGCGAUCAGGAGCAGCUCAUCAGCCACAUGAACUCCAGUCACGAACCUCUGCCGUCCGGUGGCGACUGUGGCGGUCCCGCGCCGUCCUCCGCCACCAGUCCCGACUCCUCCGACCCAGUGGCGGCCGUGUACGCGGACCUGUUGCGCCGGCUGCGGAGUCGCGCGCGCCGGCUGCGCCUCAGUCUGCUGGGCCGCACGGCCGUGCGGUGUCCCUACUGCGCCCAGACGUGCUCCCUGCACUAUCUGCGGACUCACCUGUACAAACACCGAGCGGCCGGGUUCCGGUGUCGGGUGUGUGACAAACGGUUCAAGUUCCCCGUGUCGUUUCAGAAGCACCUGCUGGUGCACGCCGGCCGGGCCGACAAGUGCCCGCAGUGUGCGGCUGUGUUCAGCAGUCGCAGUAAUCUGCUCAGCCACCUGCGCACGCACAGCUCCGAGCGACAGUUCAGCUGUGACCGCUGCCAGAAGCGGUUCAAGUUCAAACAGACUCGCGACGCACACGUUCUUCGCGCACACGGUGGCGGCUCGUCCAAGGUGUGUGACGUAUGCGGCGCGGAGUUUCGGCUCCAGUACCAGCUGACUGUCCACCUGGCGCGGCACGUCAACGGGCGCACCAUCCGCUGUCCUCUCUGCCCUCGACUCUACGAACUCAACCUGGACCUGAAGCGCCACCUGUACAGCAAACACAAGCUGCGGGCGGCAGAGGCCGAGCGACGGUUUCCUGAGAUUCGGCGGCGGCCAAACACGACCCUGGAGCCGGGCGCCGGCCGGACCGAUCCCGCAGCUGACCCUGACGAGCCAUGUAGAGCCACCGGCGACUAUCGGGUCCCUGACGACCCUUCUCAAGUCUCCGACAGCCCCUGCGAAGAGCCCCAGCAAACAAUGCCGCCAUCCGCAGCCUCUGACUACCCCGCUGCGGCCGCCGUCUCGGAAGCAGUAGCGACCAACGAAUAUCUAUCUACCGCCGGCCCGCCGCCCGCCCCGGACGGCGCCCUGGCGGGGGCGGGGGCGGGGGCGGCUCAGGUGGAGGUGGGGCGGCUCAUCACCGUGCCGCCCGAGCUGCUGGCGGGGGCGGGGGCGCCGGGCGCCGGCCAGGUGCUACUGCUGGUGGAUGGAGGGGGUGGUGUUUUGACACGGGAUGUUCUGCCGGCCUCGCCUGCAGUGUUGUGCCUCUGAAGCUGGGAGAGGCCAGAAUAUCCUGACCAGCAACCUUUACCAGCUCCUGGCUGCUGAUUCAUAUCAGACCGCCUGCCAGCCUAUGCCAUCCUGAGCUGACGCCUUCUCCUGCAGGCCUGGCCGGGAUCAGCCCUCUG